GUGUUUGAGUUUUAGUGAACACUUAAGUUUGAGUCAAAACUCAGUUUUAACAAACGGCCUUGAUCAUGGAGCAGUAAGCAGUCUGAAUGCAGAGUGAGGAGUGAGCGAGUGCAGAGUGUGAGCGCCACAGACAAGGAACAAUAUUGGCGUUUUGGCGAAAUUAAUUAAUGUUUCAUGUAAUAACGCGGGGAAUUACCCCUCUGGCAGAAUGAGAUAUGGUGUGGGAGUGAGUGAUCUUGAAUAGACUUCAACGCAGAGCAGAGGGGAUAUCAGGUUCGGGUACCGCACUGGAACCGGUUUGAUCGGUCACAAAACAUCAACACAAACACCGUCUCAGAGCUAGAACAUCCACACAAAUAAUAAUCUUGCAUGUCCGCAAACCAGCAUUAAAAUUAAUCUUUACUCUUGACAUUGAAACUCUUCUCCAUUAUUAUCAUUAGAUUCGCUAAUAAAGCACGUUUUCUUUGUACUUUGCUGGUUUCGUGGUGCAUCUCUUAUUACUCUUGGUAAUUUCACGAACAUGUCAUGUUUUCUCCGCUAUCAGUAUCUGUUUUUAUUGACCAGCCUCUAGUUGGACUUGAAGUCGAGUUGGACGCAUCCACAAUCAUCAAUGAACACCGAUAAGAUGAAAGACUUUUUCUUCCUUUUAGUGGUCAUUUUAAAUAUGAUGUACAAGGUUGGGAGCGAAUCUCCUUGUCCAAAUGUAUUCGAUUAUGAGGAAAUUCAACCGAAUGAAGACCGGUGGUAUGGCGUCAUCUAUCUCACGACCAAAUCUUCCUUGGUGGGGGUUCGUUUGGACAUAAGAUUCGACAGGCCUGUCAUUUUGAUGGUGUCCUGGAUGGGGGAGGUAACCAGUAAAAAUAGCAAGAAGUUCACUAUCCUGAGCUUGAAUGAGAAACUUCUACCCGGGCCUCCUGUCUCAUCAAGGUUUAUGGUCAAAUUUGACAGACGGCAUGGCAUUCCUGAAUUGACAACAAUCAGAUUGAAUGGACAAAAGAUUUGUCCACCUGAUCCUGACUUUGCCAUCGAACCAGUAACUCAAAACGAAAGACCAAUCAUAGAGAGGCCAAACAAAGUGACAGGGAACAACUACGGCAGUGGGUCAAGCAACAGCGGUGGAACUUACAGCAGUUCUGGUGAUACCUACAGUAAUUCUGGUGCCACUUUCAGUAACUCGGGAGGUAGCUACAGCAAUAGUAAUGAUAGAACAUCGACUACCAAUCGUUAUUCAGGAGGUAAUAGUUACAAUACUAAAGCUAGCACUACAACUGAACGUUACAAUAGUGGUGCUAGCAACAGUAGACCAACUUAUAAUCAAGGAUCUUCUCAUACUAGUGCGGAACACAAGCCACCGAGUAGGACAUCUACUACUUCCACAGAACGCACCUACUCUGGCAGUGGUAGACCCUCCACUCACACCAGUAGUAAAGAAGAUACAGUCCAGAUGAGCUACGGUGGAAGCAGUAACACCAAUAAGAAACCGCAAACUCAGAGUACGAGCUCUGGACAUAAACCCACUCACACCUCAUCGCAACAUAGUGGUGAAGUUUACUCUAGCUCAGGUCACAAACCCACUCAUACUUCAUCGCAACAUAGUGGUGAAAGUACUUCUGGAUCAUCAAGCAACAAGAAAACUCAAACCUCCAGCAGUACUCAUACAAUUCUUCACAAUGUCAAUACGAAUACAAAUCAUUCUCCAAGUAAUACAAACUCUAAUAAACAAACGAAACCAUCCAGUAGUUCGAAUUGGGAGACUAAUACUCAGUCGAACGUUAAGAGAACUACUGCAGACUCCAACUCCAACCGAAAGCCCGAUAAUUCGUGGGAAUCCAACACAAAAUACACACAAACAUCAACUUCCCAAGUGAAUAAGCCGCAGUCCAAUCAGCGGCCAUUGGUCGAGCAGGAAACAGGUCUUAGUUUCAUCUCAGAAUGUGGUCUGGUUGAUGAUCAAGUGGCAACAUACCUACAAUCAGCUCCUGUCCCUUUGAUCACGAAUGGUAGGCAAACUACCCAAGGACAAUGGCCAUGGCAUAUCGCACUUUAUAGAACUACUGGUCCAGAAUCUAAUUACAUUUGCGGUGGAACCCUCAUAACUGCAAAUGUUGUUCUGACUGCUGCUCACUGUGUUUUCAACAAAUAUGAUGGCCGUCCUGUGGAUCCAAGUAAUUUGGUGAUCUAUUUAGGAAAGUAUCAUCUCAAUCAAUACAGUGAUGAUAGUGGUGUUCAACUGAAACAGGUAAGGGAAAUGAGAGUGCAUCCAGAUUACAGCUCUGUUAGCUACGCUGCUGACAUUGCAAUACUGAUAUUGACAAGUCCCACAGAAUACACCACGUUUGUUAGGCCUUGCUGUCUUUGGAGAUCACCGCUUCAAUCUGUAGAAGGAAAAACUGGAACAGUGGUUGGCUGGGGAUUUGACGAAAAUAAACAAGUGUCACAGGAGUUGAAGAUGGCAGAAAUGCCUGUUGUUUCUCAAAGGACCUGUAUUGAAAGUUAUCGGGACUUCUUUGAAAGAUAUGCAUCUAACAGAACUUAUUGUGCUGGCUCUAGGACAGGCGUGUCUGCGUGUAAUGGAGACAGUGGAGGUGGAAUGGUGUUCAGCCUGGGAUCAAGAUGGUACUUGCGAGGAAUUGUGAGCAUAGCUGUACCCAAGGACAACAAGAUUUGCGACCCCAAUCAUUUUAUCAUUUUCACAGAUGUAGCAAAGUAUAUCACAUGGAUAAAUGAGAAUAUAUAAUAUAAUAAUUAG